GUGUGUAAUAAUGUUUUCCUCUCUGCUGAGGCUUAACUUCUCCAGCCUAUUGUUUGAGACAACAGAUAUAAGUUGCGAUGGGAGAGGAGCGUCGGAUUUGGUGUGUAUCCCCCAUUUCCAAUUAUAGAUGGAUCAUUACAGACAGCGGAGUCCUGAGAAGCCAGACAUCUGCUCCUCACAUGAAUGCACUCACCUCCUAGAGACCAGGCUGCCAUCAUGCUCUGGAAGCUCGUGGAGAAUGUCAAGUACGAAGAUAUCUAUGAGAUGUUAGUCCACACCUAUUCAUCCAUGGACCGGCACGAUGGCGUCCCGAGCCACAGCUCGCGGCUGUCCCAGCUGGGCUCGGUGUCCCAAGGACCUUACUCGAGCGCCCCGCCGCUGUCCCACACUCCGUCGUCAGACUUCCAGCCGCCCUACUUCCCGCCCCCCUACCAGCCGCUCCCCUACCACCAGAGCCAGGACCCCUACUCCCAUGUCAACGACCCCUACUCCCUGAACCCACUGCACCAGCCCCAGCAGCACCCUUGGGGGCAACGGCAGCGGCAAGAAGUGGGUUCCGAAGCCGGCUCUCUCCUGCCCCAGCCUCGGGCCGCCUUGCCCCAGCUCUCGGGCCUCGACCCCCGGAGGGACUACCACUCGGUCCGCCGGCCCGACGUGCUGCUGCAUUCGGCGCAUCACGGCCUGGACGCGGGCAUGGGUGACAGCCUCUCGCUGCACGGCCUCGGACAUCCCGGAAUGGAAGACGUCCAGUCAGUUGAAGAUGCCAAUAACAGCGGCAUGAAUCUAUUGGACCAGUCUGUCAUAAAAAAAGUUCCGGUUCCUCCCAAAUCUGUGACUUCUCUGAUGAUGAAUAAAGAUGGUUUCCUUGGAGGCAUGUCCGUCAACACCGGCGAGGUGUUUUGCUCGGUCCCGGGCCGUCUGUCUCUGCUCAGUUCAACUUCAAAGUACAAAGUAACUGUGGGGGAAGUUCAGAGACGGCUUUCGUCUGCUGCUAUCUUUUCAGGAGAAGCUGUUCACUUAGCUCGGGAUUUUGGAUACAUCUGCGAAACAGAGUUUCCUGCCAAAGCUGUUUCUGAGUAUUUGAACCGGCAGCACACAGACCCCAGUGACCUGCACUCCCGAAAGAAUAUGCUGCUGGCCACCAAGCAACUCUGUAAAGAAUUUACGGAUCUGCUGGCCCAGGAUCGGACGCCGAUCGGGAACAGCCGGCCCAGCCCCAUCCUGGAGCCCGGAAUCCAGAGCUGCCUCACGCACUUCAGCCUCAUCACGCACGGCUUCGGCGCCCCGGCCAUUUGCGCCGCGCUCACGGCCCUGCAGAACUAUCUCACCGAGGCGCUCAAAGGCAUGGACAAGAUGUUCUUGAACAACACCACCACUAACAGGCACACGUCUGGGGAAGGCCCAGCUUUGCCCGCAUGGUUUAUGAGCUUCUUCAAAGAGGACUGGGGCUUCCUACACAAUCUAUAAGGGCAACGCGCCCCACGCGUGUGACGUGCGAGAGACGCGAUGGACGCGCCUUGCUCUUACUGUGCAGGUCCUGAGAGCGUGUGGGCCAAUCGCGCCCAGUCGUGUUGAGGACAUAGAAUCAGCCGCUGGAGGGGCCGCGGGCCGCGUGGGCCCUUCCCGCUCUCGGUCUCACCUUAAGGGCUAAAGGGACCGAGAAAUCCCCAUUCUCCAGUAGGUAAUGGGGCGGCGCCCGGAGGGCUGCAGGCGGGGAGGAGUCUCAGCGCUGCCUAGGCCCUUUGCUGCCAGCGGCCACCCCGGGGCCUGCUCCCAGAGGGCAAGUGGCCUAGAAAUGUCCAGGGAAUCAGAAGCUUCCCCCGCCUUUGCCAGGACGAAAACUCUCUCCACCCUCACGCUCCUAAAGGCGAGUGAUGGGAUAGGAAUUCUUACUUGGCUACGCAGGUUCUCUCUGUCGCCCUUCACCUUCAUUCGUGCGUUCUUUCCACGCCCCAGCUAAGUGGAGCCCUGGUGCGCGUCUCUCCGCCUCCCAGCGCCCUCCCCGCGUGGAGAGAGCCCGCUGCCCCCUCCCUUCCUCACUUCUCCUUUAAUGUACGACCCCCGCCCCCUUGCUUUCGUUAGCCAGGCCCGCUACGUUUAUCUGAUAAUUGAGUUAUUAAAAGAUUUGGUUUCCUUGGACCCAUAAAUCAAUAAACAGUAGGAUUAACGCAAGAGUUUCCCUUUUAAGUCAAGGGAAACGUUUAAAGCAAGCCUUGUGGAGCUUUGUUUUCAAACCAAACAGGUGAGCUGCAUGUUUCCCCCCAACCCUACACUCUUUAGACAAUUUAUUACGCCGCGGCUACAUGCUCGGUCCCGAACCAAAAUAGCUAAAGUAGAAAGGAGGAGUCAGGACGUGGCGGCAGCGCUACCCUCACACUUUCCAUUUUGCAAGUUCCUCUGGAGGUUCUAAAGGUCUCCUGACCAUUCUCUGUCCAACACUGCCUCUUCCUACAAGUUCUGUGGGUCUCAGGGGAGAUUAAAAAUAAAAAAAGGCUAUUCUGGGUGCAGAUUCCAUCUCAAAGUGAUCUUUACCUUCUCCCUCCAACCCGGAAGGUCACCACCCUGCCCCAAUUAUCUUCCGUUUUCUUUCCUUCGCUCUUGCUCCACAUCCUUAGCUUUCUCCACCCCCGCAUAGAGAACCGAAGAAGCUUUUCAAAGACCUAGCUGUUUUAUUUUCUUUGGACAAGGAAACCACUUUCUCUCAAGCAAUUAUUUCAUAUCAUAAGAAAACUUUGGUAGAAUGGAAAACCUGAAACCCCGACCUUACCUACACACCGUUCCUCCGGCACAAAGCCUUACUUAAAAGGGCAACUCGUUCCUACUUGAGCGUUUAUAGAGAAUUUGUCAUCACAUCUGAUAUUCUGUAUUCGUAAUACAUUAUAUGGAAAGGAAAUAACCUUAAACCAUCUGAUGUUGCCUCAAGAGCCCAGUGUUUCCCUCUUGUGAUGAUGUAUGUUCAAGUAUGGGGGAGGGGAGAGAAGAAAUAUCAAAAUUCGUUUUUUCUUUUAAAGGUGGAAUGAACGCUGUUCUUUAAAUGCCAAAAUCGACUCCUCUGUUGAGUUGGUCUCUAAUUCACUAACACUGUUUUUGCCACACAAUCGAAAAAUACCAAUCUAUUGACUCUUCAGGAGAAGAGCUCUGGAGGGUAUCCAUGUUGUUUGUAUAUAUUUAUUUAUGCUUAAUUUAACGGGAAUGUGUAAAUAUGGCGAGCAAGUAGUUUGGGAUUAUUUAUCUGUGAAUCUAUACCUCUGUGAAUGGGUGGUAAAACAAAAAACAAAAAAAAACGCUUGACCCUAGGUAGAAUCCUAUCUGAAAUUUUCUGUUCUUUAUAGACAAGCUGUUAUGGUAAUGGGUAGAAAUUGGUUUAUUGUCCAGUGUUGAUCUGAUUUACAUAAAUAAAAAGAUGGUUGUGUUUUU